ACAACACUGAACAGGUUUUGCCUACCAUCUACGCUACCUAUACAUAAGUUUGCUUCGCGACGAAAUAACCGUUGGGGCAUUCUUCUCAGCUCUUCUUUCAGCUCCGUCAGCAACAGCCGCACAAGCAUGGCUGCUCAAUCGAUUGCUGUCGGCCAGAAGCUGCCGGACGCCAAGUUCAAGUACUUUGACGGCGAGGGCCAGAUGCGCGACAUGAGCACCGAGGAGCUGUGCAAGGGCAAGCGGGUGGUGCUGUUCGCGGUGCCGGGCGCCUUUACACCCACCUGCUCAACCAAGCACGUUCCGGGAUUCGUGGACAAGGCGGACGAGUUCAAGCAAAAGGGUAUUGACACUAUCGCCUGCGUGUCUGUGAACGACGCGUUCGUGAUGUCUGCCUGGGGCAAGGAGCAGCGCACCGGCGACAAGGUGCUGCUGCUGGCGGACGGCAAUGGCGAUUUCACUCGCGCGCUGGGGCUGGAGCUGGACCUGUCGGACAAGGGGCUGGGCACCCGCUCCAAGAGGUACUCCAUGUUGGUGGAGGAUGGCAUGGUCAAGAUUCUGAACCUGGAGGAGGUUGGCGCUUUCGCCGUGUCAUCUGCUGAGGACAUGUUGGCAGCCAUAAAUUGAGAUGAGGGGGAUGAGAUGAAGCGCGUGGGAAGCAGCGGUGUGAAACAACGAGUUCUCAGACGGUAUACGCGUUGUUCUAUUGACAAUUGCAGGGUCAAUAGCUUGCUUUUACAUUACGUUGCAUUAUAGGUUGCAGGAGGUAUCGUGCAGACCCAUGGGCCGUGUCUAAACCUUGUUGUCGUGGGCGUACUGCACUUCGAAUGCUCUCGGUGUGAAUUGUAUGUGUUAAGAUAAUUGGCUGCGAGAAGUUUAUGUGUGGCACGAGGAAUGCCGGGGAUGUGUUUGCAUACACGUGCAACGUACCGCACCACACCAUACCGCACGGAGGAUCGUCAGAUUGUGCUCUGGGCGGCUGUGUCCCAGUCAGGUCUCCCCCAGCAAC